AUCGAAUCUGCCCUAUUGUAAAAUACUAAUCAUUUUGCACUUUCAAUCAUAUUAAAUGUUAAAUUUGAACUGAUAUUUAAAAUAUAAAUAUAUAUGAUCACCAGAUCUGACUUUAUAGUUUUGUUUAACAAAUUUCUAAACGUUAAAGCAUGAUUUAUUUGUUUCUUCUGCUAACAUUGAGCUGAACACAUUUGUGCAAAGGUUCGAAACUAACAGGUUACAAAUUUUCUAUAAACACCGAGUAUGGCCGACGUAUUAGAUUUAGAUGAGGGUGCCGAGUUUGAAAUAGACGAUGUUGGAGAUGAAGGUCUACAGAAACUCAAAGAAAAGGCAAAGAAACGCAAGGGACGUGGCUUCGGCAGUGAGGGUACCACUCGCAGCGGUGUAGAGGACAAGGACUUUGAAGCCAUGGAGGUGGACGCUGAUGGUGGACCGGGACCACAAAGAUCAAUUGAGGGCUGGAUAUUGUUCGUGACCGGGGUGCAUGAAGAGGCUCAGGAAGAUAACCUGUUCGACGCCUUCUCAGAAUAUGGAGAAAUAAAGAACCUUCAUUUAAACCUCGACAGAAGGACAGGAUUCCUAAAGGGCUAUGCCUUAAUAGAGUAUGAGACGUUUAAAGAGGCACAGAGUGCAAUGGAAGCCUUGAAUGGAACAGAGAUUCUGGGACAAAAGAUAAGCGUAGACUGGUGUUUUGUACAAGGAGCUAGGAAAACAAAGAGCAAACGAGAUGACAAGAGACGGAAGUGAGACACUCUUUGAGAAGUGUAAUUAGUUUCUGUGGAGUGCAUUGACUUGUGUGAAUAUGGGGGCAGCAUAUGGAUUCACAAGUUAAUGCUUUUCUAUUUUAUUUGAAUGUGUAGAUUUGUUAGUGAAGACAACUGAAAUGUGUUUGGUUGUAUUCUUUGACAUUAUGCUUUGUUUUAUUCUUGAUAUCUGGGCCAGUAUUCAUUGACCCAGUUUUUAGAUUUAAGUAUAAAAAAGAAUUCUCCCAAAACUUAACUGAUCUUAAAUUAGUUGAAAACUAAGUCAAGCAUGGAAAUAAGCACAUAUAAAUAUGUCAAUUAGUUAGAACAGUUUAAUAAUAACUAUGUUUAGACUACACAUAUUCCGAUACUGAAGUAAUUAUCUUGUGUCUUCUUGUCUAUUCUUGAUUUUUAAGACUAAGAACGGCUUGUUGAAUACAGACUCUGUUUUCUUAAUCUAAUGAAAAUUGUUUGUGCAUUUGGGUCAUAUAUAAAUAAUUAACAUGUAUUGAAUAAUUCAUUUCAAAUUGUUUAAAUUUAAAUGUGUAUCCAGUUGGUCAAAUAAUAAUGUAAAUGGGAUUUCUCGGUCAACGUUAAUCAAAGUAACAUAGUUAUUAUUCAAUAUCACCGAUAUGUUUAGAGGUGUAUUUGCCUACCCUAUUGUUAUUUG